GUCUUAUCUAUUCGGACUAGCUAGAGCUCGAUUGAUUGAUUGAUUCAUUGAUUGAUUAGUGUUGUGAUAUGAUUGAUAACAGAAAGUUAGCCGACUUGGCGCGUUUCGGCCUCGGUUCCUCACGGCAGGCCCCGCAACCAAGUCGACUUAUUAAAUAUUCAGAGGUAGAUCAACCUGGGAUUGUCUGUCUGGACGUCGUUUCUUUUUCUCUGUUUAUUUGACAGCAGCCACUAGCCUUUCUACCUACCGCCUGAUUUGUGGGGUUGCCAUCCUUGUUUAACAUUGGCACCGUACUUCCGUCGCUUCAGAAAACAAUUGCCUGAUGUCGGCACCAGGAGUUGGCUUCGAAUAUCCUGCCCAGGAGGUUUCCUGGCAAAAGCGGGAUGUUCUGUUGUUUGCUAACAGCAUUGGCUGCAAGGCCGAUGAAUUGCAUUUUCUCUAUGAACUGCACCCUAACUUUGCUGUCUUCCCAACAUAUCCUCUGAUUCUCCCAUUCAAGCUCACGGACCAAGAAGUGACGGAUUUCUAUGCACGCUCGACAGCAACCCCUAUUCCCGGAGUGCCUCAAUUUGACUACAGCAGGGUAGUGGAUGGUCAGCGCAAGCUCACAAUCCUGAAACCUCUGCCGUCCACCAGCGCCGGUCGUACAUUUGAACUGCGCAACAAAGUGGUUGGCGUGUAUGACAAAGGCAAACCGGGCACGGUUGUCGAGACCGAGCAAUCGAUUGUGGACAAGGAUAGUGGUGAAGUGUACUCCAAGACGCUAAGCAGCAAUUUCUUUGUUGGUCAGGGCAACUGGGGAGGACCGAAGGGCCCUAGCACCGUCAGCUAUCCUCCUCCCGAGGGCAAAAAGCCCGAUGCUGUUCAUGUGGUCCAGACGAAUAUGGAAACCGCGCAUCUCUACAGGCUCAAUGGGGAUUACAAUCCGCUUCACGCUACCCCAGAGCCCGGUUCCAAGAUGGGCUUUGGGGGCAUCAUUAUCCAUGGGUUGUUUAGUUGGAAUUCGGCUGCGCAGGGUAUCCUGAAAGAGCUGGGCGCGAGCGACCCCAACAACCUCAAAGUGUUCCAGGCGCGUUUCGCCUCGCCAGUCAAGCCCGGUGACAAGCUUGUCACUGAAAUCUGGCGAACUGGCAGAUCCAACAAGGGACUCGAGGAGAUUCGAUUUGUCACGAAGAAUGGUGAUGGUAAGGUGGUCCUAAGCAAUGGUCGUUGCCUGAUGAAGGUGGCCAAGUCUCAAAGUAAACUUUAAGUUGCUGCCCUAUGUAACGCAAAGACAUUGUAUCUGGGAGGAUCAGAAAAAUUGGUGUAUCUCUAUAGCUGGGCAAUUAAUUAGCAGUAAUUCACUCCAAUGUAAUGUAUAC